AUGCCCAGCAGGCAGCAGGGCAAUACACCAAUCACAGCGCGCCUUGCCCUAUAUAAAGCCCUGAGGGCCCCCCCCCUCCCCACCCCAUACGGUAAUUUACGCUUGUCCGUGAUUAUUAUAGUUUGCUUUUUCUGGGUUGAGUUGCCUGAAACGGCAACUACAUUCCCAACCUAUUCUGUUCCAGCUACUAUGGAGAAGUUUUCAGCUAAAAAGCGAGGGAAGAAGUCGGUCACAAGUCGCAAGUCCGCAACUCCUUCUGUGUUUAAAUUGAUCAUUGAAGCUCUGUCUGUGACACAGGACCGAGUAAGCGUGUCCUUGGUUGCACUCAAGAAGGCGCUGGCGGCCGUUGGCUAUGACGUGGAGAAGAAUAACAACCGUAUCAAGCUAGGCCUUAGACGUUUGGUGAGCAAGGGGGUUCUGGUGCAGACCAGGGGUACCGGUGCUUCUGGCUCCUUCAAGCUCAGCAAGAAGGCUGCCCCUGAACCCACCAAGGGCAGGCUCAAGAGGUCAACUUCUAACAAGACCAAAAAGUUCGUUUUACCCAGGGACUCGAAACCACCGAAGAGUCCCAAGACCAAUAAAAAAGCCAAGAAGCCAAAGUCAGCAGCAGCUAAAAAAGCUGUGAGGAGCGGAAGGAAGGCUAAAGGAGCCCAGGCCAAUCAACAGCGGAAGAGCCCAGCAAAGGCGAGGUCUGGAAAGCCUAAGGUGGCGACGCCGAAAUUGACCCAGCAUAAAGCCAAUCCUAGAAAAGCGACAUCUAAGAAGUGAAGAGCUUCCUCAAACUGAUUGCCAAAGAACCCAAAGGCUUUUUUAAGAGCCACCCAAGUAACUUGAAAAGGGUGUAACACUGAAACCUUACAGAAGUAAAGUUAACCUAAUUUAUAACAAAAACUAAACUGCGAAAGGGGUAAAAUAAAUGAUCUGUUAAUACACAUAACGUAGACCUACAGAAGUCC